AUGGGUUCUCGGAAAAAUAAGAUUCAUGGUGGACCACUUGUCAUCCAUGCGCAUUAUAUUGCUGCUGCUCAUACAUACCUUGCCCUUGGAGCAUUCUUCUCAGCUCUUUUUCUUGGCUGUGUACUUCACUACAAAAACAUUGUCAAAAAUGGCGUUGCUGGAUACCCUGAAGAGUGGUUCCCGUCCGUGUCUGCUACUAUCGGAGACUGGUUUCCUGAGCGGAAUAUUUUUCAGAUCCUCAUUGCGAUAACGUCUGGACCGCGGUUUGCUCUGGUGUUUCUUCAAUAUUUCAUCACGCGUUCGACCAACUCUAUCCUGCCCGGUUGCGUUUUCUUUGCGGGCAUCGUGCGGACACUUGCUUGUGGCGGGUGGGCCUAUAUCACUUCAAACGACAAUCAUGACGUGCACGAUGUGUUGAUGAUUUUGUACAUCUUGUGCAACCUUCCUUGGAUGCUUGGUAGUAUCGCAUGUACACCUUUGAAUCACACACAGGCUCGUAGGAGGCGGUUUUUUAUGUCAAUAGUACCCAUGAUUUACUUCUUUAUACAGCACAAAGUUCAUAGGAUUCCGGGAGCGUACAUUUUUUGGUCGAUUUUCACCUCGCUCAUUCCAACUAUAUUCUACUUUUCUGUUUGGGAGCUUGCAAUAUCAGGACCAGAACUCGCGCUCCUGGCGACGCUUUCCCCGGUGUUACUUGGUAUCGCUCCUCUACAUGCCUGGGCGUCUACGUUGAAAGGGCGGGUAGUCUUGCACAUACUUUCGUUAAUUGGAAUAGGGGCGUAUGCUUUGCACAAGCCGCUUCAUAGAUUGUAUGCGGUCACUUUUGCCAAUUCUGUCCUGCUUAUAAGACAGACCGUGGACUGGUCCACGGUCAUGGGCCUAGGACUCAUACUGUCCUCAUUAUCAAAACAUGCAAACCAUUCAAAUAACCCAGUCUGGCCCAUAGUGAAUGAGGAGACGGGUGGAUGGAAUAAAACUGGGCUUGCGCUCGCUGUCCUGGCUAUUUAUGAGCUCAGUAGUCGCACCACUAGGUCGCCCGAGAAAGAUGACAACAAGAAAAAUACAAAGGAAAAAAUAGCCAAACUCGCAGGAACUAAUCAGUCUCUGCCCUGGCUAACUUCAUCGCUCGCUCUUGGUAGUUUACUUUUCAGCCUACAUUAUUUGAUUUCGGAUGCAAGCACGGUGAUCACCUGGUCAUGGACGGGAUACGAAAAUGGAAAACCGAGAGGACCACUCCCUAAUGUGCACGGUUCUCUUACUCUGAUUGCACAAGCUGUUGGUAUCCUGCUACCAACAUUUCUUCAUCCCCAGGCUCUUCUGACUCACCCUGCAUGGUUUGCGUACGGUACAGCCAAUGCGAUUGUCAUGUAUCAAUAUAGAAAUUGGAUUGGUUAUGUUGGCGGCCUGAACCUGGCUGUCUUCCUCAUGUCUCUACUGCCCCCGGUAUUACAACAGGCGGCGGCUGCAGGAAAAGUCGGCAGGACAUACUUCACAGCUUUUUUCGUGGUAAUCAUCCUUGAUUUGGCUAGCAUCUGGACAGUGGCAUAUGCCUUUGUUCCUGGCGGCAUCUAUCUCAGGGAACGAACUGAUAUAGUAUUGUUAUCGCAGAUUCUGUUACUAUCACCGGCCUUUAGAUGGAGGUCAUCAAGUACGCAAAGCUCCUAUGUGACCCUGAAUCUACGUGCCUCGUACACCCAGAGCACUCGAUUGAUUUUGGCGCUACUGUCUAUCUCCUCUCUUCUCAUCACUUUAUACCGAUGGCCGCUUGUGGGACCGAGGCCCUAUAAAGCUGGAACUCGAAUUUUUAACGCUGGUAUAUGGACAGUACACUUUGGGAUUGACAAUGUAGGACGUGAUAGUCAACGCCGAAUGCGGGACCUGAUAAGGCGACUCGAUGUUGUGGGCUUGUUGGAGACUGAUUUGCAGCGUGUGGUCUAUGGCAACCGUGAUCUGACUCGGGUCAUUACAGAAGAUCUAGGCUAUUACGUGGACAUUGGCCCUGGACCAAAUUCGCAUACAUGGGGUGCUGCCCUGCUGUCUAAGUUCCCUAUCAUUAAUUCAACCCAUCACCUGCUUCCUUCCCCUAACGGAGAGCUCGCACCUGCCAUAGAGGCUGUACUUGAAGUGUAUGGAACGGAAGUGACAGUUGUGGUUGCGCAUAAUGGACAAGAGCAAGAUCCACUGGAUCGAGAACUUCAAAGCAGAGAACUCGCGCGUAUCAUGGCGAGAUCAUACCCUCAGCCUGUCGUGUUCCUUGGUUAUGUAGUGACGAAGCCUUUGGCUCGAGAACGUGAGUGUUGUAGCCGUGUCUACGAUAUCGACAACCAAGACUGGGAUAGAUGGUGCGAGUAUAUUUUCUACAGAGGCUUAUAUCGGACAUCAUAUGCGCGUUUAUCCCGCGGAAUUGUAACAGACACUGAGCUGCAAAUCGGCCAGUUUUGGUUCCCUAUGGAAUAUUACGGGAAUAAUAAUGAAGGAGGUGUGAAUGGUCAUUUCUAUCAUGUGUUUAAUACGGUAAGCCAACCUGACACGGUGCAUACAAUGGUAUCUGACAUAUGGAUGCAGCCGUUGUAUUAUGAUAUCCCUGAAGGUGCAAUCUUGUAG